AUGUCAGCACUCAGUGCAUUGCCUUUCCUGAAGCCUGUUCACCUGAGGUCCCCACGAGGCUCUGCCGGGGGCCAGCGCCGUCACACGCUGCCUGCCAGCGAGUUCCGCUGCCUCAGCCCCGAGGAUGCUGUCAGUGUCUUUGAGAUCGAGAGGGAAGCCUUUAUAUCCGUCUCUGGGGACUGUCCUCUCCACCUGGAUGAGAUCCGCCAGUUCCUGAACCUGUGCCCGGAGCUCUCCCUCGGCUGGUUUGAGGAAGGGAGACUCGUGGCAUUCAUCAUCGGCUCCCUCUGGGACCAGGACAGGCUCAGCCAGGCAGCAAUGACCCUGCACAAGCCUCAGGGCACGGCUGUGCACAUCCACGUGCUGGCAGUGCACCGCACCUUCCGGCAGCAGGGCAAGGGCUCCAUCCUGAUGUGGCGGUACCUGCAGUACCUGCGGUGUUUGCCCUUCGCCCGGCGCGCGCUGCUCAUGUGCGAAGACUUCCUCGUGCCCUUCUACCAGAAGUGUGGUUUCGAGGCUCUGGGCCCCUGCGAGGUGGCAGUGGGGGACAUGACCUUCAUCGAGAUGCAGCACUCUGUGCGGGGUCAUGCCUUCAUGCGCAGGAACAGCGGCUGCUGA